AUGGUGAGAAUAACAGUUGAUAUGGUUCGUAAAAAAGCUGAACACCAUGAAUGCCUCUUAGCUCCCUUAGAAGAAAUUGCUUUACAUCAAGAAAACAUCGAGAAGAUUGAAUUCAUUCAAGACUGGUGUCCAAAACUCAAAAUACUUUUAAUGCAAAGUAAUCUCAUCGCAAAAAUUGAGAAUCUUAACAAACUGAAACACCUUACUUAUCUUAAUUUGGCUCUAAAUAACAUAGAAGUUAUUGAAAAUCUACAACGUUGUGAAUCUUUGCAAAAGUUGGACUUAACUUUGAAUUUUAUCGGUGACAUUAUCAGUGUUGAAUCACUUUCAGGAAACUACAAUUUAGAAAACUUAUAUUUAACUGGAAACCCAUGCACUGAUUAUGAAAACUACAGAGACUUUGUCACCGGUACUUUACCCCAACUACGUUAUCUGGACGGAAAGGAAAUCGAAAGAUCUGAUAGAAUUACUGCAUUACAAAACCUACCGGUUAUACGAUCAGAUAUUCUAUUUGAACAGGAAAAUUAUAAACAUCAGAGGAAAGCCCAAAAAACAAGACUAGAGAGAGAUAUACAAAGUAAAUGGGAAAGCGAAUAUAAAGAUAUGGAUCCAGAUGAAAGAAAUAAAAAAUUCUGGGCUGAGAAAUGUGAACAUGCACCUGAAGUCCGUUAUGAAAUUGAACGCAUGAGGAAAUUAAAGUUGAAGUCAUGCGAGCCAGAGACAAAAAUAGAAGAGAAACGAGUAUACAAAUUAUUCACCCCUGACGGACGCCCCUUCAAUAUUAAUCAAGCGAAAAUUGAUUUCAAAUUUAAUGAUUCAGAACCAGAUAAAUAUGUGCUAGAUCUUGCUAUUUAUAAACAUCUCGAUACAAGUCUCCUAGAAAUUGAUAUCCAACCGAAUUACGUAAGAGCAACAAUAAGAGGUAAAAUAUUUCAAUUAUGUCUUCCCGAAGAAGUAGAUAUUUCAAAAUCAACAGCCCAAAGAUCACAAAUAACUGGUCACUUAGUUGUUACUAUGCCCAAAGUUAACGUAAUAGUCCCCAAGCAAAAGCUAUCUUCAGAUAAACCCAUACGAGAUGCCCAACUCAUCCAAGAACAUAAAUUAAAAGAUUGUGCUAUGAAAUCGGAGCAAACGAAGCGCGAAUACUUAGAAAUAGGACCGCCAGAUAAUGUUUUAGACUUUACUAAAAUGACAAUGACUGAAACCACGGUACCGCGCAGGUACAUCGAUUCAAGAUUGCAUUUAGGCGAAAAAAAACCCUCACCAGAAUUUGUGGAUAACCCCGAGGUGCCUGAUCUUAUUUAA